AGGAGAGACCAACACAGACAGAGCGACCUGCAGCCAGCCAGUCCACUCACUCACUCAUGUCCUGAUCGUGCGUACAAACGCAGCGACUCCACGCGUCUCUGAACUCCUCUCCUCUCAGAGUUCAGCUCAUUCUUCAGCGCUCGCAACAUCUGGAAAAGGACUGGGGAAGCUGCUUCUUACAGCUGCCACUUUCUCCACCUUCCCUCUCUUUUCUGCGGGACCCGGAGAAAGUGCCGCGUCCUUAGAUCAGAAGUUGUUGGAGAGGGAGAGAGUUGUUCACGGUGAAAAAAAAAAUCCCCGCUCCGAGUCCAGGUAAGUACUGGAGUGACAACACAAGUGAUUACAGCUCCAUUUGUCUUAAUUGCUUUAAUUACUACUUUGAUUGCCAUGUGUAUUGUGAGGUUGUGUGGAAGUUUUGGUCCCUGAAGAGUGGGAACUUGUGCGCUCAGGCUGGUACACUGAAGUUUGUGAAAACUGUUAUUUCGAAAUAUUUCAGGGUGGAAUAUUUUCACUUUCGCUUUUAAUUUGGGUAGAAAUUAAUGGCAGCACGGGGAUUUUACCGAAUUUGAUCUUUUAAAUCAUUUUUGUUGAGCAAAAGUGGUUUUAAAUUCUAUUUAAAGCUCACUCCAGAGUGUCUGAAUAUUCAGAUUCAAGAUUCAGCUGAACCUUCAACUUUACGCGCAAACUUUUUUAUUCUGAUAGUUUAGGUUCAUCAAUAAGAAAAAGGGGGAAGUGUAAAAAGAUGCAGUUAAUUGAAAAAUGUAAAAUUUUCCGGCCUGCAUGGAAAUUCCUGUUAUAAUAGUUUUUCACUGUUAAACUUGAGUUUUGUGUUUAAAAAGUGCAGUGAAUUUGCUCGGCAGACAAAAACGAUUUUACGCAUUAAAUAUUGACAUUCAGCCUAUAACUUUACAGGAAUUGAAGUUUUUCUUUUAAUUUUAAAGAAUCUUAAUUAAAACACACCGUUAAUUGUUUAACAUUUGCGCAAACCGUUGGUCAUUAAAGAAAAACAGGAACGGCAAACAUGUAUUCGGACACUUUUUCAACCUAAAACAGAUUCCUAAAUGUCUUGCAAUUAUCGGUCUCAUUUAUAUUUUAUGGAAUUACUAAGACAAUUAAUUCAGAACAAAAAGCAAAAUGAGGAGUCUCUCUUUUCCUUGAGAAUGUUUAGAGGACUUCCCAAAAUGGAUUUGCUUGUACCUCGCCAUGAAAAGUAGAUCUUUGGCGGGCUUCAGCUGCGUGUGUGUUUUAUUGGCUAUUUAUUCCGUCGUAAUUAUUUACAGGCACAGGAGGCCUCCUCUAACCCUUUUGACUGAAAUGGAUUCAAAACUCUAAUUGUUAAAACGUCUCUGGAUUUUCAACAGGCACUGUUCUGUAAAAUGAGAGGAUAAAGAGUUGUGUCUUAAAAUUUGGUGACUCUACAAAGCACAUGAUGAUUCCUUCUUUGUUAUUUUUUUAAAUAGAAGCCCACACCAGUUUUAAAACCCACUGAGGAAUAGGUGGAAAUAAUCACUCUCUGAAUAAGCUUUAAUUGAAAAAAUGCAACAAUUUGCCCCCUUCAUGUUGUGUUUUAGCCUCAUCCUCUGUGUCCUCUCCCUCUCCUCAGGACCACCAACAAGGGUGAAUGGACCUCCACCGCCCCUUCAAGAUGGACAGCCCCUCCUACCUGCCUACUCCUCUAGCCUCCCCCGCUCUCAUGGUCCUCGCCUCCACUGCUGAGGCCGGCCGAGACGCCUCUGUCCCAUGCCAGGCGCCCCGGCCCUUUGGUGUCCCUGCCUCAGUAGAAAAAGACCUCCACCUCCCAUUCCCCUCUGCCUCUUACACUUUCACCUCCAUGUACCAGCGCCAGGGCCCCAUAUCAGGCACCUUCCCCUCCCGAGACUUCCCAGCCUCCCUGCUACACCUGCAUCCCCAGUUCACCCCACCAAACCUGGACUGCUCCACUCUGAGUAUGCUAAAUCACAGCGGGGUCGGCGCCUUUCGUCCUUUCUCCUCCCCGCAAGAGGAGAGAGAGUCGGGGGUUUACCAGUCAGCUUUCACCCCUGCAAAGAGGCUGAAAAACUGCUUCCCAGACAUGGAGGGUAAAGAGUUUGACUUUGGCUCUCCUGGGGGCUCCCUGAAAGGUGGAGAGGACUCAGGGAGGAAGCUUUUCUCCAUGUCCGGCCUGCUGUCUGAUGGAGAGGCUUCAUCAAGCCCAGAAGAGCGCAAAGAACACAGUGAGUAGACUUUCCAUCACAGUGGCACACAUCAGAUACAUGUCUUCAUAUGUAAACAUACACAGCUCACAUCUGAGGCUCACUCAGUCACAGCAUGCAGAGAAGUAUACAGAGUUUAUUUGGCGUCUCAAAGACCUUUCCAACCCUGACAUGACACUGGAGAUAUUUACAUUUCCUCUACAGCUGCAUCAAAUAACGUUGACAAAUUGAAAGCAGGCUUUGUGGAGCAUAUUGGAAUAUUUCCCCUUCGCACUUUGGUCUUUAUCUUCUAGUUGGACAAAGUGUUUACAGCGGCAGACUGCAGCCGACUUCGACACAAAUAAAUUGAAUAGUGUCACUUGUUCAGCUUAGUGAUCAUUAGCCACAUAUGACCAUUAGGACCCAUUGGAAGUCAGACUUUUCUCGGCGACUGAGCAGCACAAAUACAUGCGAGCGUAUGGAGGGGUUGACACAGGAGGAGUGAGAGUUGGAACGAGUGACACCCUGUCAGAGAUAACGAGGUGGCAGAGAUAGAGAGGAAAGGAUGGAGGGGGAGAGAGAGAGAGGGACAGAUGUGGCGAUGCAACGAUGAAGCCUCAGCUUCCCGACGACAACCCUCAGCUCAAUAUGGCCGCCCACACCAGCCGUCUGAUUUGUUGACAAAUGAGUGGGAGAGGUGUCAGUCAGCGAGGCCGCGCGGGGAGAGACGCUCCUCAUUACUCCCUGGGAUAAUUGCCCGACGACGCGGGGGCACAACAGAGGGAGAGAGGGGGUGGGUGAGGAGAGAGAGAGGGAGAGAGGGAGCCGGAGUCAAGGAAGGCAAUGCUAGGCAUGAUGGGAAAUCAAACCCCCUCAGUGGCGGUAGCCAAGGGGUGCGCCUGACAGAUGAAAGGGACCAGAGGAAGACAGAGAGGAGAGAGAGCACCCAAAGGCUCGGCAGAUCAGAGGGGGACACCAUCGAAAAUAAUGACAAUGAGAGAGGGGGGGCAGAGAUGGAGACGCUGAAACACGCUCUUACACACACACGGCACCUAAAGGAAACUUUCAUCCCACACAUAAAGGGGCGGGAGCAGGGACGAGUUGUCUUAAGAAAAGUUUGGAUUGUGUCUUUCUCUGUGCAUAUGUGUGUGAGUCUUUGUUGAAACUUGCUGGGUUUUUUGUCGCCGCUCGGUGGCUGAGUGACAGGACCAGGGAGGCGGAGUGGCAGCGAAGAAUCUCAAUAUGGAAUUUUAAUAAGGACAGGAAAGGAAAGAGAUGCCAGGCGGCAUGCUGGUGUGAGAGGUGUGUCUGUCUGACAAUGUUUGCUCAGUGCACUCGAGCAUGCGUGCUCCCCUCACCUCCUGAUUUCGGGAAUCUCAUUUGGGGAAUGUUGACAAGGACAAAAGAUUGGGGUGGGAUAUAACAUGAGGAGCAUCCCCUAAAAAAUGGGAAUGGGGGUUUAAAAAAUGGAUUUGAGCACAUUGGAAGCUGCUUUUUCAGCUUUAUCCAAUUAGAUUGCAGCUCAGGCAAACUAAGAGCUUUAAUGCAAUUGAGCUUCUGGCACUUUUCUAAGUCUGACAUACACUUGUUCCUCUUGACUGGGUAAAAGACAGUCACUUCAGGAGCAAAAGUCUUAAGUGUUAAGCUUGAAAUCUGUGACUGAGCUGUUCGCACACUGCUGCAGGAAUGCAAAUACUCAGAGUAAGUGCAAAGUACGAACCAAUCCAUAAAAACUCUUCAACUUUGUGAGUUUCUCCUCGUUAUUGAAAUAAUCUUUAUAAUUAUGUUUGCACUCUCUCUUUGUCAGAGCUGUUUUUUAAUUAAAAAAAAAAAACAAACUUCAGCCUUUAAGAUAUUCACAGUGAUAUCAUAUAUGAUCGGUAAUGCAGGACAAAUUCCUAAAGCAAGAUUGGAGGAAGCAUCUGGACGGUGCACCUUGCUGCCCAAUGUUGUUCAGUUUUUUUAAAGGUUGUGAAAAAGUGAUGGGACAAAAUACACUCAUUUGGAUUCUUGCCUCUGCUUCCCUAUCAAACAUAUUCAACCUUUUUGGAUUUUACAGGACUUUUAGGUAAUGAUAGGUACAUACAAACCCCCCUAGAACACUGCAACAUUGUCCAAAUUAAGGAGUGAAGGUAUUACUAAAUUAUUGCUUUUUGCAGAGAUGUCAUGGUUUGUAGUUUAAGCAGACGCCUCAUGUAAAGAGGUUAAUGACUUUGUUGUAGUUGUCACAGGUUCGACUCCCACAAUCAUUUGCUGCGUGUCUUUUUUCAUUCUCUUUUCCUCACAUUCAAAAACACUUAUAAAAGUAACAAAAAAAUCAUUAGUAAAAUUUUGACUUACCAUUAAAAAAUACACAACAAUUGAGUGCUUUGCCGUUAACCUCAAGUUUGAAUCGUGCACCCUAAAGAAAUGCUCUGUAUUUUAAUCAAGCUGUUAAAAAUGUGAUUAAAUUGGUUUGGUUAUCAGGCUUUAUUCGAGUUUUUCCUCUGGUAACUUGUUGUCAUCCACACAGCACACAGGUAGAACAUCAUCUGUGUGUGUAUCACUGGCAGUGGACAUCUUCUCUUGUCCAUUUUGUUCCUCCUCUCUGUUGAUUUCCCCCUCUUAGACUCGCCUCUGUUUUAUCAGGGACGGUCUGAGACACACGGUGGGCUCUGACAGCUGUUCAAACAGCCACGCUUGCUUUCAAAGGGCAGAUGUCUUCACUUGAGCGAGUCCUGCUUAUUUCCCUCAAGGAGAUGCUUCCUGCUGCAGGCUGGAGCUGGAACUAAAACGGUCUUUUACCAGAAACACAGGUUGGGAAACUGGAGGACAGGAGUGGCAAAACACACCACAGUCAGACGCUGAUGGAGUGGUGCUUUGUGUGUGGUGGCGAGAUGAGUGGUAGCUGUGAUAACUAAAGCCAGAUGUUUGAAAGCCCCUGUGUUGUGAUACUUGUAACAAGCAAACUCUUGGGUGUUGCUGUCAGUGGAGAGUUGACUUUUACCUGAACAGCAGACAUCUCUGAGACAGGAGAACAGAAGAGAUAGUUGUCUGUACAGUGAAAACAUACCGCUAGAAAAACCAGGACCAGUCAUCCAGUGUUGAUCUGUGUGCACCAAAAAUGGUUGAAACAUCCUGGUUUACAAAUCAAUCUAGUUCGCAAGAUUUUUGCACAAUUUGAUGCAAAUGUUGUGUGUUUAAAUACUCCAAACCAGAAAGCUUCCAUGCAAUUAUUGGGACUGCACCAAUACAGAGUCAGCAAAUUAAUAUUAAACUGAUAUCAUCAAGCUGUUAAUAAGAAAUUCAUAUAUAGUUAAACGACACCUUUGCCUUUUCUUUAAUCCUAAUUCAACCUGUCGUUUUUAAAAUAAAACUCGGUACAAGUUCCAGUGACUGGAUCUGACACUGAAAAAAAAUGAAUUAAAGCUAAGAUCGUUUUUUUCUUAAAGCCAGAAGUUACACUCAAAGACUGAUAAUCAACACUGAAAUGCUAUGAUGAUCAGACCUUUCAAUCGGACACGCACCAUCAAAGACUUCUCUUGAGAGGGCACUGAGAGACUUUCCAAGUCCUCACCUGAGUGGAGAGAAAUCCUGCAGGAACUUAAUAGAGGGGAAACAUGUAAGAGUAACACACACUGAGGAUCCUCCACCAGAUGUGUCAGAGUGUGAGCGUUCUCCACGCUCGGUUAUCCACGGGUUGUUAGCAGAUGAGUGCGACAGCCAGACAAGAAUCAAUACAACACAGAUUCAUCUUGGAUUUGGCUCAUAGAUUAUCUCUGUGCUGAAGUUUGGUCACUUUGGUCACCUGAGCGUGUCGAGGUACAGCUCACAUGAUUUGUAUGUGUGACUCAGAUUUUAUUGUAGACAUUGUGAACAUCCAGUUUAAAAAAAAAAGAACAAUAUAUAUAUUUUUACCUCAUAAUUAUCACAGCCAAAUGAAUUCAUAAUAACGAUGUAAUCGCAAUAUUUAUUUAUAUUUAAUUUAAUAAUACUAAUAUAUUACCAACAAUAUAUUGAUGACUUAAUCCUCCAUUUUUCUUUCUCUUUUUCUUUUUUCAUCUUAUAUUUUAUUUUGUUUUAUUUUACAAUGAAACGGUAACUCACUGUCUUCUUUUAUGAGUGAUUUUACGUUGCAUGUUUUUCAAAGUGGCCCUUUUUUUCUUAAGACCCACUCCAAAGGUAACCCUGUGGAGCGAACAGCUAUCCACAAAAUGACCCAGUGAAAACAACAGAAAACAUCAUCAAUAGUCAAAAACUUGCAGAUUAAUUAUUAUAUGGAUGACAACAAUGUUAAACAAAUAUCAACUAAGAGUAAAUGAACAGGACUUUACAUAGCAAAACCACUAAUCCCUGUCUGAGAGGCAGCAAUCCCCACUCCAAAUGCCUCCGAUCUUUGAGUCCAGCAGUCAAACCUCUUCAGCUGAUCAUUAGAUCCAUCAGGACACAGAGAAGCAGACAGAAUCUGCAAAAUAGGAAAACAUACAGCUGUAACACCCCAUCUUUACAACAAUAAAUCAAUGACAUGCAGCUAUUCAUUAGAUGCAACUAUACACCAUUUACCACCAGCUGUAACUCUGAAAAUUACAAACAUUUUUUUUCAUUGAAUUGAAGAUGUAACAUGUAGUUAGAAUACAUGGCAUAUAAAAUUACCAACAUUAGUUAAACCAGGAUUGGAUGUUUUCAGUGCAGGUUGAAAAUGCAUUAAAUCCAUAAAAGCUAAUGAGACUUCUUCUGAAAAUACAGGUCAAAUAUGGAACACAGAAUUUAAUAAACAAGGCAAAUGCAGACGCUACAACACAGGUUAAAAGCAUCAAUCCCAAAAGGAGCCCACUUGGUGAUGCCACUCCCACACAGAGUGGAAUAACUGCUACCGUGAGGUGAACACAAAAAGAGCAGCAUUCACCAACAUUUAAAACAGUAACAAAUGUGAUCAACGACAAAUUUUGUUUCAACAACCAAAGUCACGAAUAGCAACAGAAAUAUCCCCAUAAGUGACUGAUGUUACCACAACAUAAAAUGUGAGCCACAUGGUUUUAAAAUACAACCGAGUUACUCUUAAUGUCGUGUUACAUUUGUACAAAUACAGCCAUAAUGCUUUUUAGGACAUCAGAAAAACUCUCAUUUUGGCAAGGAAACUGAACUUGGAUGAGGUUAGAGUAUCUUGCUUUCUGCUGUAAUCUCCUCUGACAGAGUUUGCACUUCAGCAGUAGGCACUCACUCACUGGCUGGUUCACUGACUUCUUCUAUGGCUGAGGCUUUGUCUCUUCUUCUUUUAUCUUACCCCUGUUUUAUGGUAGUGGCAAUAUCAGUGUUGAGAACCAGUUACAACAAAGAACCAAUUAGUUACACAUUAUUAUUGCAUGUGUAUUUUUGGCACAACAUCAAUAUGUCGUUUUAUCUUUAAAAUACGGCUAUUGCUGAUGCUGAUAUAUUGCAACAGCCCGACUCCUAACCAUGAAGUAUUAGCACCAUGGUUUAGGGUAAGAGUCAUGAUUUUAGCCUUCUUUUGCAUUAGCUAAAAAUCAUCUAAUUACUGUUCUCCUGUUAAACAACUUUCUCUUUUUUAAUGUAUCUCUGCAUAUCAGUUUGUUUGGUACAUUGAUGCGUUUGACCUCAACACAGACACACACUAGGCUGUAUUACUCCAGCUGUGUGUGCUGAUUUGAUAACAGGAAGGACGUCCAUGCGCAGUGUUUUCCGUGCAGCAGCUCGCCGCUCGUAUUGAGUGGAGUGUCCUGUUGAAAGACACAGUGUUUACAUCCCACUGGCAGACCACAGGAGAUCAAUAGCAACCACUCAAUGCUCAUGCAUACACAUAAUAUCCUCUGUUCGCUAUUAUUCCCAGGGUGUUUGCUCCUUAUCAGGCGCACCGGCAUGUGCGCUCCAUGCAUCAACAGCUACACUGGCCAUAUGCUUGACUUUUUUUUUCUUUGUUAUAUAGCUGUGAAUUUGUGUUGGCUUUCAAUGAUCACGAACCAACCCUAGCAAGAAAACCAAAGUAAUGUAGCAAUAAGAAAGUGAAACUGGGGAUGUCGUCAGAAAAUGGAGGUGAAGGAAAAAGAUGAGAAGCACAAACUCUUGUGAAAUCAGGGAAAAAAUCAAAAUUGAAACAAACACACAUAUUAUUUAAAAUAAAACACUAAAAUAAGAUAAAGUUUAGGAUUAAAGAUCCUUACAAACAUGAAUAGAUGAACAUGAUUUUAAUCUCUUGGGCCUGUUUUGAGCUAACAGAGACACACCCCACACUCACUGUGUUUUCACUCAGUUUUUUUAACACCUAAAUUGUCUCCAAAUAUAAAACAUCUGCAGCCAUCCCUCUCACUGACCACACUGGCAGUCUCGCUCUUGAUUUCAAACAGUCAGGGAGGAAGCAUUACAAUAUUAAUGGUGGUCGUGUUUGAAGUGAGAACACGUCGCGGUCGACUGUUCCCCCUCCUGUUGUGAUGGCAGUUUGUUCUCCUAAUGUUCUCCCAAGUAAAAGAGGCUUUCAUCCUGGCGGGAGGGGAGACUCUCCUCAGCUUUUUCGCCUCCUCUUUAGCCCUCUGUGUGAUUGUAAAUGUAGCAUGUGUUUAUAUGUUUAUGUGUGUUAAAGCUUCCAUGCAGGUCUAUGGAUCCUCAGAAGUUUCCGGGUGUCAGGCUGUGGGACCACAUGGCUUGUCGGACACAGACAGGAUUUCUAUAGGUCUGCUAGUAGCUUUUAUGGUAGCUGUGGGAAAUGUGUGUGUGUGUGUGUGUGUGUGUGUGUGUGUGUGUGUGUGUGUGUGUGGUGUGUGUGUGUGGGGGGGGGGGGUCUUUUUGUGGCACCUGUUAGAUGGUCGGGAGGAUGUUCAGCCUAAACAUGAGUAUUGUAGUUGCUGCAAAUGCCUCUAUCGCUGUUAUGAUCAUCCCACAUGAGCAGCACUGUUUCUGAGAGAGAGAGAGAGAGAGAGAGAGAGAGAGAGAGAGAGAGAGAGAGAGAGAGAGAGAGUGAGAGAAGGGGAGGUCAAAACGAGUGCAGGACCCGGGGGUCAGUAAAACAACAGCCUUGUUUUAACACAAGACAUCUUUCCUUCUUCCCCUCGCUGCUUUUUCCCCAGUUCAACCUCUCUGUACGCACCUGAUCGACUUGCAUCAUGGCCGUCUCUGAUCUCACUUCAAAGACCUGGUUUGUGUGUGUGUGUGUGUGUGUGUGUGUGUGUGUGUGUGUGUGCGUGUGUGCGUGUGUGCGUGAGCGUAUCCAUAGGCGAAGUGGGUAUUUCUGUAGACCGAACUGCUCAUUUUUGAGGAGUGGCGCACACACAUGUACACUCACACACACACACUCGCGCGCACACACACAGCUUAAACUCACAUCCUCCGUCAUGUCCCUGGAGUCUAACAAAUCAGUCAGGCAGAUAGAGAGGGCAGAGAGGCCAAACGCUGGGGUUAAACACAUGCUGCAGAGGAGCAGCGCAGGCAGACAGACAAGCAAGACCACACCAACACUGCACGUCUGGAUGACAGCCAGGUGGCUACACACACACACAUACACACAUAUACACACACUCACUUUUAUAUCAUAUGAGGCAUAUGUGUGUGUUUGCCAUGUGUCACACACAAACCUCAUUACGGCGUGUCACCUGUGCUUGUUAUGAGUGUAACAGCGGUGUAGGAGCUUGACAAAAGCAGAUAUGUCAAAGGCAUGCCUGAAGUGAUAGCAUUAGUGGAAACAUGACAUCCUGACAUCAUUCAGCAGCUUUACAGAGAGGUGUGGCUACCGUCAUAUACAGGUCGUCGAAUGUGUGUUGUUCUCUGUCAUUUCAGUAACAGGCCACAAAAAGAAAAUGUUGCAGUUUAAGACCAGAAUUUGGAUAUUAAAAUGUUUACAGUAGACAACGUCAUGAGACACAGCCAGGAAGAGGGUUUAAAAGAAGCAAACUCUGGGCUUUAUGACUGCGUCCAUGUGACAGUUUAAACAGCACAGAUUACUUACACAUGCAUCCUUAAAAACCCACUCAUUGAUCCAGUUACUUCUAAGCAGUUCACAAACUCCCAUCAGUGCCAGUACACCCCUCCCCUCAAAGGUCAGAGUUUGCCAGGAUUGACCCUUCACCUCCUCUGUGUAGGGGUGUAAACACUCCCCCAAUUCUCCUCGGAGAAUAGCAUCGGGCCAGCGCCAUAAAUCACAGGCCUGAUAAUUGAUAGGAAAACUGCAGUCCAGCAGUAUAUAACCUUUUACGUGUCGUCUCAGCUCUUCAUUAUGGUGCUAAUGAGUGGCCGUGGACCAGGGUUAGAGCUGCCAGCGAAGGGGGUGGAGGGGGGUUUACCUCUGUAAAAUACAGGCCACUGGCUCCUUACACACAUACCAGCGCGGCAGAUACAUAAAUACAUAAACUCGAGAACUUAGUGCGCUCACACACACACAGGAACAAAUAGACACUCAACUCCACACAGGAAGACACUCACACUGGAGGAUAUGCGCAUAUGCGAACAUUUCCUUACACACACAUGCAUAUGCAAACACACACACACACACAGUGGCUGGCAGGCUCAGCAGUGUCCAUUACAGGCUGCUAUUAGUAUGGAGAUUGUGCUAAUUGUCCCCACAGACCACACAUGCAGCGCUCGGCAGGCUCGCUGUGACUGUGUGAGGCCGAGUAAGAGCACAGGCUCUGCUUUACACAUUCUAUUGUCUCGGUCGUGACCCUAUUAGUGCAAUCACAAAUCAAUCACUGAAUGAUCAUGGGAUGCAUGCUGAGGAUUGUUUCGAUGUAAAUGACGCCAUUAUAGGAAGUCAAGUGGCAGUGCUACUGUAGCUGAGUCUGUCAUGCAAAAAGUCAUCUACUGUAAGUUAUAUUAUCCAGUCAAAUAUACAUUCAAAGUACAGAGGGAGAGAUGUUUGUAGGGAGAGAUGUUGAGUAAGUUUUAGAGAUCAGUUCAAACUGAACUCAAUUUUAAUGAUUGUCUAAGUGAAAACAGGUGUCCCACUGUCGUGUCUGUCUUGUCUUUUUAUUAGAAAUAUAAUUAUUUUAGUAUACAUAAAUGUUGCAGAGGUAUAAAUUUAAAUGCUUAUGAAAAAUAUUGUAGUUAUGUUUAUAUACUGUAUAUAUUUUCAAUCUCAGUUUGAAGUUUUCUCAUUUUGUUACAAAUCUGAUCUGAGACGUUUUCACUCCUUAAAAAAUCAUGCCAAAUUUGUUAUUAAAUAUCUGCAUGAAUUUUUUUAUCUCAGUGGCCCUUGGUAAUAUAAAUUAAAGCAGAAAACAGUUCUUCAUUUUUUUGCAUUUAUAGAUAGUGUUAACCUAUUGUUGCUGAAUUUUAAAGUUUUUGAACAAGCAUUUUAUGAAACACAAUUUUUGAUAAAACGUUAACAUCAUGCUUACUGAGCUAGACUUUAUGUAUUUGAGUUAUCUGAACCAGUAAUGUCAGUGACUUUAAUUACUCUGGUCUUGAUUUAGAGUCUAAUAUAGCUUCUUGUAUCAUCCUCUGGGUGGGCUUGUUUGGGGUCCUGCAGACUGGACAUGGUCCAGUAUCAUUAGCUGCAGCUAAGAGCUCUGGACUGGUUGCAUAGAGAGGACUGAGGUGUGAGCGGCUCCUGCGCAACCCCACUGAGCCAGAACACAGGGGAGAAGAUCUAUACCCUGCUGGCGCUGCCACAGGCCUCUUUGUUCCCCGCUGUUUGCUGACAGCGUAGAUCGGAGGGGCGUAUUGAUGGGGGCUCACACUUUACUGCACUCACCACAGCUACGAGGCGGUGUGUGUGUUUGUUUGUGUACACGACGCACACACACACAUACUGGCAAAAACAGGAAUUUGUCUUCAUGCACAUUUCUUCCUUGCUCACACAAACAAUUUGGCAUGUUCACCUGGUUUUGCUAAGCACUUGCUCUUUGCGCAAAUCUCCUGAACAAAGUCCAUCACAAUAAAACUCAGUCACAGUGAUUUCUUGUCUGGUGUAAUGGGUCCACUUAAGAGCAUCGAAUCAAAGCUAAAUAUUUCUUUUUGCUAACAAGGCCUCAGGGUUUUGAGUCGUGUCAGUCUGGUCCUGGGAAACCUUGUACUGCAUGCAGAGAUGUUGUUGCCCUUUAUCUUGUGAAAAACUACUUUAAUCCCAGAAAAGCCUUAUUUACUGCCUACUUUUGUGGACAGUAAAUAAUGGGUGGCUCUGGCUCAGUAGUUGAGUCAGAGGUUUGGGGUUUGAACCCAGGUCCCCUGCCUGUAUACCAAGGUGUCCUUUGGCAAGGCACUUGACCCCGACCGCCUCUGCUGGCUGCGCCCAGUGUGUGUGUGAAUAGGGUUAGCACCACUGGUCUAGCAGUCUGCACACGUGCCCCAUAUAUGGAGGUUAUACCUCCAGCAGUUGGCCUAGGUUCACUUCCAGCCUGUGUCUUCUUUCCAGUCUGUCACUCCCUACUUUUUCUCCCUGUUUCCUCCUCUGUCUACUGUCCUAUCCUUGCUCACCAAAGGCGGAAAAGCCUGCUAAUAAAUCUUAAAAAAGUAAAAUUAAUCAGAUAUCAUCUUUCUUAAAUUUCCUACUUGCAUUGUGAAGAUAAGUCUAGCCUAGAAUAUGGUCAUUUUAGGGGUUGUAGUGAUGCUGUAUUUGAUUUUACACAGUAAUUUUCUACACGUAGUUAAGAGUCAUCUGUUUAUGUAUUUUGUUAUUCAAAACUCCUAUGAGUUACUUUUUGUUAGCAUUAAUUUUGGCGCCCCCUGUGGACAAAGCGGGAUCUCGAAUCUUUCAGUUGACUCUGUCCUGUAUAUGUGUAAGUAAUUAAUUUUAUGACAAAAACUCUUCUCCGUUUUAUUACUAUGGAAACUGUUAAAAAUGUUAAAUAAAACAGGAUGUUUGGGCAGUGUGCUCUAGUCACACUAUCUGACACUUACCCUGCGGCACUUUUAGGCAUGAUAAAUUAUCAUACAAAGAUCAUUAAUCUUGGUGUUAAUGGUCUUGUUUGCUUUUGUAGGUCAUAAAGAAGAAGCAUCACGAUUGAUUUCAGGAUGUUUCAUGUUGUAAUAAAAACUCCUCAUAGUAGCUUUAAUUAAGUCACAGGAUAAUAAUGGCAGCUACAAGAAAGUUUUAAUCUCAGGCUUGAAUCACGCGCAGUUCAAACAUUAUCUUGUGUUAAAAUUCUGUUGUUGUUUCUCUUGAACUAAAUCACGCUCUGACAACACUGACACAAGCUUCUUUCUUUCUUUCCAGAUAUUAAUGAGCCAGUUUUUAGUCAUUUCCUUCUUCCAUUUUUACCUAAUGAAAUGAACUUCAAUGUCACUAAAGUGUACUUGAUUCAUUUUCCACCAAAGAUAGCUAGCCCAAUCACCUGCAUCUGUCCACUAUUUCAAGAUAAAAAAAUAAAAAACAUCUUCAUCUGCUUCAAUUGUUCCCUGGUCUAUGCAGACUCAAUAACAUCCUUUAGGAAGUGUGACUAACCCAAACACAGGUGUAUCGCAGAGGGCCAGGUGCUCUGGUACCAGCAGCGGUCUGCAGGCUGUUUCUGACAGUAUCAGAUGUUAUCUUGAAGAGAGGAUAGAAGAAGAGAGGAGGGGGGGACUGAUGGGUAUCUGUAAUGGUGCCCGCUCAACAAGUUUUACUAUAGAGGCUUUUUUUGUACCCUUAUUAGGGUCCAGUGUGGGCCCUUUGUUUUUCCUUUUUUUGUUAGAAAUGUGUCACUUCAGAUUCUGUUUGAAGACUAUCCCUCUCUUUAGGAUCAAUCCCUGCACACAAAGUGUAUGUGGGGCAGGUGACAGGUGUGUGAGAGGAGAGCAGGUGUGUUUGUGUGUGUGCUUGAAUGUUUGUGUGUCACUCUAAACUAAUCUUUUAAGAGCUUUUAGACAAGAGAGGGACAUAAAGUGUAUCUAAAGUAAUGCCUGAAGCCCUAAAGUUAAUUUGUUUUACUUUGUUGGAGAAAACUUCCUACAACACUGAGUCAUUCUAUGUAAAAUAACAAAUUCCUCUUUAUUUCCAUGAGGUCUAUCUCUCUUUUCCACCUUUUUAACAAGUUUCAAGAAGAGGACUGGUGUUUUGGUCAGUUUUGUUGAGUUCUCUUUUCGUCACGAGCGUUAACUAUGCUUAUAAAGGUUCCUUAAACCUCUCGCCACAUCUGGGAACUUCAUCUGUAUUUUGAGAAAAAGCUUCAUGCACCUGAUAGUGGCAGUAUUAAAGCAGUAAAUCUUUUAAAAAAGGACUGCCAGUAGAUGUGAUUUGGGCAAAUAUUUUGUUCUUUUGAAGCCUUGCUGUUUUAAAAUUGGCAAAAAGCUAAGUGUGAUCUUUGUUCAGAGAGUUUUUUAGAGUGUGAGACAGAGCCUGGGGUGCCUGAAGAAUUGGCACUCGAGUCACUUACUUUGACUCUGGUUUUACAACUUGAUGCAAUGAUUUUAGGCACUAUCCCAGGAUUUUUUUUUCUGAGGUAUUUAGGGAAACUUAGAAAGCCACAAGCUUAUGGUGGAGUAGACAAUUCACUGAAAAUGUAUUGUGCAGCUCUGAAGCCAUUUGCACGAUUUGAGUUCAUCUUUGUGAUCUUAUAUACUGUACUUAAAAAACAGACUUUUAUUCUGUCUUUAGUCGUGGUUCUGAAGCUGAUGAGCAUUGUUCUAAUUAAACUCUUCACUGAGCUCCAAUCACAGUGACUCACUGUUUGUCCAGGGCUGUUUAGAAAAGUUGAGUACUUGAUGCGAGCAACAGAGCGAUCAUCUCAUUUUCUCCUUAUUAACCACUAAUUGAGAGAAAGAGAGAGCAGGGAGAAGAAAAUGGGAGAGAUGUGAUGAGGAGACGAUGGAAUAAUAACAGAGAGAGAAAGAGAGAGAGAGGGAGAGAGAAUGAAUGUGUAUUAAUCAGUGGUCUGGGUAAUAGUGAUCUGUAUUUUAGGAGCCGAUCUAAUUAUCCUCUAAUGAGGGACUGUGAUCUGUUUAUUAGCCUCUGGAUGUCUCCUGAUCUCUUCUCGCUCUCUCUCUCUCUCUCUCUCUCUCUCUCUCUCUCUCUCUCUCUCUCUCAUACACGCUGAAAUAUACACACAAUAUUUACAUUAACAGCCUCUUGUGUGUUAGCUUCACCUCACAUGCUCUUAAAAAAGAAGAGAUAAUGCAGACAUCAUACUGGUUUUUAGGCUUAAGAGACCUCAGAGUACAUUUUGAUGGUCACUUUCAGAAGACGGCACACAUCAUAGGUAUAAAAAUAUAAACAAGUAGGCUUUUGCUCUAAUCAGAUGUUAACUUUUUAAGGUGCAAUGUGUAAAAUUUAACUUCAUUUAACAGAAAAGACUCAGUGCAAGUGGAAGGAACAAGUAACAUACAUGUUUUUGUGUUAAAUGAGUGUCUGUGUGAAAAGCACAGGUUGGAAAAAGAAAAAGAGAGCUACACUGUUAGGACAGAUCCGAGACACUGCUGCUUACUUAGUUUCUGUGUUUUUUUAGUUUUUGGUUUAGAAGUGUUAAAAAUGGGCUUUGCUAACUUCCUUCAAAUGUAAAGUCGUACAUGGAUCAUUUGAUAGCAGUGGGAAAUAUCGUAAACAUGUAAACCUUUUACACGUGCACAAGUUAAACCAAGUAUUCUUCAGGAUGUUGGCCGCAGGAUUCAGUCAAAGACAUGUAAUUAUUUUUAAAUAAAUUGUCUUAUUAUAUGGUUACUGAUGAGUGGAAAUGAUUGUUUUGCACGUUUACUAUUUUUAUGUAUAAAAAAAACUGCUUUAGUAAAACUCUUGGCGCCUCUACCAAACGAAUCAUUUUUCAUUGGCGAGCAGCUCCAGUAGUCAUUAUUAUAAUGCUUUUGUGAGACAUACUUAACCUUUUAUUACAAUAUUUGCAGCUUAUCUGAGUUAUCUAUGACACUUAGCCAUAAUGUAUCUAGAGUAAUAUUUUGAUAUGAUAUGAGCCUUUCUGGCCUCAGGUGUAUUGCAAAGCUUCAUGUCCUGGCUGUCUGACACAGAGUGACACAGCUGGAUAUCCGUAUAUUCCUGUCUGUCAUGUAAGAGCAGGUUGAAGGAAUCAGAGUGAGUGACAGGCCACCGGUGAGCAGCUCUGCCGCUGUCCCCCAUCAGCAGCAUCUUGAUUCAAAGUGACUGCACUGACUGCGACAGACAGCGAGGGUAAAUCAGAGUGUGUUUUUGGCACUUGCUGACCAGAUAUUACUUCUCUUUGUUAGUCAGAUCACGGAUGCUGGUGCUUAUCCUGCUCUCCUGUAACUGUACUUUUGGAAGACUCACCCAAAACAGUUUAAUCAGGCUCUCUCAAGAAAUUGAUGAAGGAUUUAUUCAGGUCAAAGUAAAGGGAAAACAACAGCUGGUUCAUCAGAUCAUGUUUUCCAGUGGUCGACAUUUUAGAGCAAACUCUUCAGAGACAUCAGCAGAUAUUUUCUCACGAGAUGGCCUGUAAGUAGCCUUAUAUUGCUACAAAUACCCAAGGACAGUCCUAACCUCCACUCCCUCACUCCCAUCUGUAAGUCACUAUCAAAGAUCAUUGAGCCAUGCAUCUCAAUGAGGACCUGAUUGAUUGGUUGGAGCAGAGCAGAGGCAGGGUUCGAUCUUUGCCCUCCGGUCCUGAGAAGGGGAAAUAUGGUCACGGGGACACAGUCACACAACUACACAGUCCACUCUCCAUCAAACAGAUGAUUGGACACAUACAUGCGGCGCCAUGCCUGCACCUGAUGGAACAAUCGUGGUGACUAAUGGAGAAGAUGAGUGAGAGGAGGAGAGAGAGAGAGAGGGAGAGAGAUGGGGGGUGUCGUGUGUUGAUUGACCUGUGGUCACAGAGGUUAUGUUCAUUGAUCUGCAGGGCAGAAGAAAAGGUUUCUGGCCUGAGGUGCUUCUGAAUUAGUCUAUUUGGGGUUUAGGAUUCCUGUCCAUUCCCACCAGGAGCUGUUUCAUCAUCAGACUUCCCGGGACUUACAGCUGCUGUCUCCUGUUGUCUGCGUAAUGCGCAGAGCACUACAGAGGCCAAAGGCCAAUCAAUGCUCUACAAGAGGUUGAUACAGAUCUUAUUAGUCAAUGAAUGAUCAUUAGCGCUCUAACGAGGCAAUGAUUCCUGCAAGGGCCAAAGGUUGUGGUGGUUGUGGUGAGUGUCUUUAAUACAUUAAACACGAUUGAUCGCAGCGCAUGAGAGAUAGUUUUGAAGAAUGCCGGUAUUAGAUUGGACAUUUCGAGGUUCGAGGUCAAGCCAGGAGAGGAAGUAAACCUUUGUCAGCAGCGGUUGAAUGUGGUUAGGAUUGAACGGAGAGCCUUCAGCAGCACAUUUGUCUUUUAUGUAUUACCGGUGUAGCAAUACUGCAAUUAAUAAAAAGCAGAUAUCUAGAAGUCAAAGGCAAGUGGACUUGCUGUUUCAAAGGCUUGGAGCAGCAGCCUUUGAAAGCUGAGGAAAUGACUCUGCUUAUAGCAGAUGUGUUACUACAGGGCCUAUUAUGUUGCUCAUUAAAUACCCAACCUCUCAAUAGGCCAUUAUUUCCCCAAUAAAAAACAAACGGCGGCCUGCAUACUUUCCCCUCUCCCCCCUCCGCUUCAGAGGUUACUUCUACCUCACAGACGGUGAAAAAGCCUGACUAAUAUCCUGCAUGUGAUGCUUUUAAAUAGGAAGCAGGCUGCGGGAUAGGGUGGGGUACAGGUGUGGCAGGAGCCAAUGGCUUUUAUAGCCCUCCAUCUCCUCUGAAAAUGUGCCAAGGACCUGCCUACACAAACCCACCACUGGAGCGUUCGCCGCCAAGCGUUAACUUCACUCCCCCCGCCAAAAUCUACAUGCCUACUGGUUAUAUAGAGUCUGUGCUUGUUACGACUUUAUGGAGGGAUUUCUGAUGUGCUUAGAGAAUUGUUUGAUGAUUGGGAUAAUGAUGGCUGUUGGAGUGAGUCGUCUCAGCACUUUAUAGUGCGCGAAGAGAAAAGCAGACCCAGCUGACGCAGAACAAGUUCAACAUCCUCCCCUGGAUGCUACUUCUUACGUCCCCCUGCCAUUCAACGCUGUCUAAUCCCCCUCAUGUCAAUCAGAAUUAGACCACGUCCACAGGUCUGUCACUGGGGGGAUGUUUGUCACCGUGCCUCCCCUGCAGAACAGCCUUUUCAUGCCCCGGCAUAAUGUCAGUGGGUGACAUCCAGGUCUGAUGUGAUGUGGCAUUCACUAAAGGUCACGUUAGGCAUCUCUGCUUCGUCUGCAUCAGCAGAACUGGCAGCCGUCAUAUGGGCGCUGGCAUCGGCCAUUACCCAUGUCCUCAGGGGGGACUUCAUGCUUUGAGGAUUUGUCAGCAGGAUUCUGAUCUCUCUGUUUCAGCGGGAAGCGCUGAACACGGACCAGUCAGAGUUUAGUCUUUGAUGCAGAACAACAGAGGCUGGAUUUAACCAUCAAUCAUACAGGGGGGAUCAGGAGGACAGAGGUAUCGUGUUUUGUUUCAAAACAUGAACUUUAGUGUCUUGUGAUGCUCAAGAUAUCGAGACUUUAGAGGUUGUUGGCCCCAGGGGUGUGGGCUCUUAAAAUCCAUCUGGCAGAUAAGGUUGAGAUUGUUUUCAGGCAUGUAUUUUUUUGAGCCCAUCCAUGUGAUUGCUCCCUGACAAAAAGACCAUUCAAUACUUGAUUUCACAGGGAAAAUUUGAAUCAAAGUUUUCCACUUUACCUAGGGGGUUACCAUAAGAGAGGACCAACCAGAAAUUUUGCCAAAUCUCUUACUUUUUUUUUUUCAUUAGUAUGAGACUUAGAUGAAGCAGAUGAAGCUUUUCCCCCCUGUGGGAUGAGUAAGUGAGGAAAAGUAAAUGGCAGCUGCACAAAGACUAGACAUCCAGGAAGAGAGGUCUCGAACUGGCGAGACACAAAGACAGAAAAAGGAAACAAUCACAGACACAGAGACAGUGAAUCCGUGUGGAGACAGGCGAGUCGAACUCAGCGCAGAGAGGGACGAUCCAUCCCUGCCAGUUGCCGUAGUGAGGGAACGGUUAACAAGCCCCACAGGCAGCUUUUACAGCCCCCUGUUGUGUGUCUGAGACCCCCCAGGCUGAGGAGGGUCUGAGGCUGACUCACACUGACAGGGUUUAUGUGGGCGGGACAUGGGACAGAAGAGGGGGGGGGCAGUGAAGAUGUGUAAAAAGGUGGUCGUGAACCAACAACUGUCACUUAUAAGAGAGUGGAGCCUCUGCUAAAGCAUGCACACACACACACACACACACACACACACACACACACACACACACACACACACACACACACACACACCCAUAUAUCCCAGCAUGAGCCAUUAAAUCUGAUGUUUGUUUGGAACAGAGGUGAACAGUAUGAGAGGGGAGAGGGGCUUAUCCAAAAAGUGGACCAAUAAAACACCUGAAAAUCAAAUCCCAUUGCUCUUAUCGCGGCGCCAUUCAGAGACGUUAUCUGUGCAGGUAAUGUGGUUAUAAAUUCAAUUUCAGCCCAGAGAUUUCAUUGUUUACUGAUGCGUGCGUGUUCCGGGCGGCAGAGCGCAGAAAGCCCGGGAACGUUCGAUGCGUGUCGGGAAAAGUCAUUUAGGCUUCCACAAGGGGAUGCAGAAAAGGCGAGAGAGACGAGAGGCGGGGUGAAAACAGGAGAGCUGUCACUCUCUCCCAAGGACACCUGACUCCUUUCUAUUUUCCACCCCAUGUUUUAUUUAGAGGCCAUUUUGUCCCAUUUGGUUCCUCAUUAGGAGGGCUCAUAGCUGCACUGAUGUCAGGGGACAACACUUGCACAGAUAUCUAGCUGCUCAUGUCUUUGGUCAUUUAAAGAGGAGCUCAGCAAGUGUUUCCCAGUGUGAACAGAGUGCUUAUAAAAGUUCUGUCCGCUCUUCCUCUCAUGGCGGGGUCAGAGAGUGUCAGUAACACUCAUCUGUUUGUCAUUUUUGACUUCAGAAAGUGUUACAUUCUGCUUCUCAGCCCUGUCAUUUGUUUUCUCUUGACUGUGGGAAAUUAGGUGCAUCUUGCCUACGAGCUCUCUGCAUGUGAUUGAUGGCUUUCAGGAGUAAAUCACCUCAUCUACUAGGUAAAAUCUUGAUAUAGUGGAGCUCCGCCAGCUCCCAGCUGGCUGCUUAUGGCGGUAAUCCAUCAGUGGGGCCCAAUGGGCCAAGCGGCCCUCCUGGGUAAUGUUCCUAUUGACAGCCUAUGAUGUCAACACACUGACAGCGGGGGGCCACAGCAUUGUGUGUUUAUAUUUAUGUGUGCGUGUGUGUGUAUGUGUGUGUAGUCUGAUUUUACUCUCACUGUCACUGUCUGUCAAUUGUACAGAGAGAUCCACACACAAACAAACACACAAACUCCUCAUCAUUAAUGAGUAGAGGUGUCAUGAAGGUGACUCCACUCAAAGUCCAGCCUUCCUCCCUCUCACCUUAUUUCCUCUUGACUUCUUACUUACUGCUAUUUCAGAUUCUCUUGAAUUUACAAAUCUGAAAAUGAAGUGCACAUUUUUGACCAUUACAUAAAUUCUCAUCUGUGAGACAAUUUCAUACGCAGCGUGUCCUUAGACUUAGAUAUACUGUAUGUGCAAGAGUUACCCAUUAAAGCUUAAUUUUAUAAUAAUGAAAUGGAAAUAACACCACGUCUGACUGACAGUAUUUUGGUUAAUCUAAACUCUGAGAACUGAAUGAAAUCUCAUCAGGAAGGAGAACUUCCCACAGGAAACUCUUGAACUCCUUUUUUAUCAUCUUAAGUGACCAACAUGAUACAGUUUUUCCUCCUUUAAUGUGAUCAUCUCCUGUCAUCCAGGUAAAGUGAAGGCCCUCUAUGACGCUCAGGCCCCUGUGUGUCCUGUCUGCCAGGCUGUUCUGAGACCAGGAGAGCUGCAGGAUCACAUGGAGCAGGAGCUGAACAAACUCACUCAACUACAGAUCAGGUAUGUGAUUUAACAAAGUCUAAGUUUGUCUGAUUUUCCUUGAUUUAAAUUAUUAAGCAGCAGUCUCCAUGUGUAAGGAUGGUUCAUCUAAAAUAAGUCUUCCAAUCCUCCUUUGAGACAUUUUUCUAUCUGCGCCUCUCUUUCGUUUGCCUCUGUUUGUCCAUUUGUCACUUUCCUCCUGUUUUACGACAGACUUUCUAUCCGGGUCAUAAUUAAUGUUGACAGAUUUAGUAUCCAGAGGCCCCCCUCCAACACUGUCACUUUUCCUCUGGUGGUAUCUCUCAUCUUCUCCGUCACCUGCGUGCCGUGUUUACAAGCCACCUCAUUGUUUCCUACAUAUUUCAUAUUACAGCCUGCGGCCUUCAGGCGACAAAUCAUACAGCGGGAGGAUAAUGUCCUGCUAAUGGCUGCUCUGAGCCUUACACACAUACACACACACACACACACACACAGUCACAGUGUAAAAUAUACACAGGAGGUCCAGAGAUACACACACAUAUUCAGACACACACACACACACAGACUCAGACAUUACCUGCUGCUUAGACCAGAAGACUGAUUCCUCCAAUAAAGACAUUACACUCCAAAUCUGCUUAACGACCGCUCCGUGGACAGUAAUGCUUCCAAAUUGAACCUGGCCCACGGGGACACUGUGCAUGUGCAUGUGCAUGUGUGUAUAUGUAUGUGUGAUCGUGUGUGUGUGUGUGUGUGUUGAGUUGUGUGUACAGUCUCUGUGUGUCAGACAUAAAGAGUGAAAUGAGGUUAUACAGACUCAGAUACAAUUUUAGACAAGAUAAAAGCAGAGGUUACUCAUGAAACAUUUGGAAGACAGUAUUUUGUUUGUAUAUUUUAAAGCAAUAGUUCUCAUGCUUUGUAUGUUUGUGUGUUCACUUUUUAUCACGAAAUUUAUCACGUUUUGUUCCUUUUUGCUCUCCAAAGUGCCACUCCGGUGCAGCAUGACCACCUCAUAAGGACACAGAAGGUAAGAACAGCUGAACUCUUGAUGAAAUAAAGUUAACAUAGAAGCUGAAAUCGAGCCUCUAAUUCAUCGUUUUUCUUUUCUUUUUUUCUGUCCAGACUUUCUCACUGUCUCUUCAUAUCAAACGUGAAGGGGGCUCUCCUACAUCGCCCCCUCGACCAUCUGAGGAAGCUCACGCUGACCGAUACCAAGUAAGGCUGAAAAGCAAAAACAACCUUUUAUCAGAUUUGAAGGAAGAGAGACCUAAAAAGUGGAUUAUUUAUACAUCAUAUGCCAGAUUUCAGUGUAUAGAACUGCAGGGUUUGAUAGAAAAUAAGGAACAUAAAAUGAACAUAUUCAACUUUGAAAAGAGGAAUAAUUGAUAUUUAUAUAGUUUUUUUUUAAAUAGGUUUGUACAACAGGUUAAAAUGUGAACAUUUCUGGCACUGCUUCCAGAUUUUUACAUUUAUCAUUUUUAAGUGUGAAUACUGAAACUGCUGACUAAACUAUUAGUAUUUAGAAACACUGUAUGAAACAGUGUUUGUCCUCGUGUGGUGCCAGUGACUCACAAGGUUUAUGGACUAAGGCUGGUCAAACUCUCCUGUAAUAAAAGGUUAAUCAGGAGCUGAAUUAAGCUGUUGUUAUUCCUCAGACUGAAAACAGAGAUUUAGAGAGUGUCAUAGAGUGCAAAUGAAUUAUCUGAGGGUAAAGAAAUUUAAUAAAAAAGGAUAAAGGUCAGAGUUCUGUAGAGGAACCACAGAUCAGACAACAGAGUAACAACGAAGCUGCAGUUAUGGAAAUAUACAUUUGGGGAACAGACCAAGAGAUUUCUGUUGUUUGAGUAAAAUAAUACAGAUCCCGAUAUUAAGUGUGUUUAAAGGAAUAUUGCAAAAAAUAUAUAUUGUGAAAGUGUAGUCCAUAGUCAGCACAAGAAAAAGCAACAUCAACUGUGUUGAAUUGUUACUGCUGUUAUUGUGUUGUUGAUUUUUACUAUUUUGUGAAAGUAAAUUUAUUGUUUAGAAGAAAAAUGAUGCAGCUGAUGUGAUUGUGUUCGUGUGUCUGUGUGUGUUGCAGACGUUUCUCCGUGUGCGGGCCAACAGACACACCAGACUAAAUGGUAUGUUGAUGCAUGCAGACAGGACUGCCUGUUGAGUUUCACUGCUGCUGACUCAGUUUGUCAUAAAGAGAACAGUAGACUCUGUCAGCUCUGCAGCUUUUAUAUGUUUAAAAAAGACACAACUAAAGAGUUUCCCUUGUUUCGCCAAAAUGCCACCACUUCUGUGUUCAGUCCAGUCUUCUCCCUCCCUCCUUCCCCAGCCGUUCAGAUAUCACCCUUUUCUUUCUCGCUACAUCUAUACCGGCCUAGCGCCCACACGAGCAGAGGAGCUAUUAACCUUUCAACUUUGACCUCUUGAUAUGUUAACAGUCGAUGACCUCUGCUGGUGCAGGUGCUACGUCAAAUCUGCCCCCUUGCGCCCCCACAGCGCAGGAUCCCACCUAGACUGCACACAAUCUGGUAAGACACGUGCAGAAGCACUUUCUUUACCUUCAGACUGACGCAUAAAUUUGGAAUAAAACAGAGUUAUUUUUCUAAUAAAGGCCAGCGGGGUUUUCACUCAUGGUGUUAAAUUAUGUACCCCUGAAUUUAUAUUCUCAUGGACUUCAAACAUAUUUUUACCUUCAAGCAAAUGCACUUUUGUUUUUGUUAUCCUCUAACCUGACACCUUCACAAACCCAAGUCUUAAAGUGUGGGUGCUGUAACACUAACCUGUUUUACUAAAAUUGUUCUUAAUAAUGGUUUCAAUCUCAUCUAUCAAGCAAAGUCAUUAAUUUAUAGAAGUAGGUUUGUUCACCACUUAUAAAAAUUGAUUAUUUGUUUGUUACUAUAUAUGCUAACGUUUUUGAUCUAAAAGAGGUCUAAUAGAUGUCUAAAUGUAGCCUAGACGACUGGUCUAAAAUCAGACUACCACAGGUCUAAAGUUUUUUAGACGUGUAAAUUUAGACCAAGUUUAGACCAAAUCUAAAUCUGGGCUAUAUCUAUACUACACUGUAUAUAUUGCUUAACAGCCAUCAUAAUUAUUUUGGUUAAAUACUUGGAAAUCAGUUAUGCAACGAGAAGCUUUUUGAAAUAAAUAGUUAUCGAAUCUAGAUGGUUGAAAUUAGGUCUAAAAAAAAAAAACUAGAUGUCUAAUGGCCAUCUAUUGCUCAGUAGGUAAAGUAAUUUGGAAAAUAUAUAAAAACUGAAUCAAACUUGUGGAAUAAUUUGCCUCUUUUUAGAAAGACAAACCAGUAGAUAAAAAUAUUUCUGGUAAAAAUGUUAAACAUUUCAGCUGUUUUUUCCUCCGACCAUUUCAGAAGUAAACUAAAGUAGCUGAUUUAUCUUGUGAAGGUGUCAUUGCAUGGUGUCACCAUCAGGCAGAAACCUUGUAUCUCCACAUGAACUGAGCGUAAAAAUAAAACUGCAUGAGAUUCAAUCACAACCCUAUUUUUAAUUUUUUUUUUUCCUUUUUCAAUCUGUCAAUUUGCAAAGAGCCCUCUGAUAGGCAAAGAUAGAGAUCAAUAGUGCUGUUUUAUGCAAAAAAUUGAUAAAUAAAUCUCUGGGAUUAAGAGAUACAAGGUUGCUUCUUGACAGUAACAGCGAAUAAAAAAGAAACCUGCUCAAAAAUGAAAACUGCAACUUCUCUUUAAGAAAAACACUCAAAGUUGCAGGAUUAUUUGUCUAAAAAUAAAAUAAAAUGUUUUUUUUUACGUCGAGAAAAAGUAGUCGACUUGUUGUGACUGAGCUCAGGUCUUCCUCAGAGCUAAAGUACAGCAGUGUUUCUGUGCCGACCUGCAGAGGAUUGUCUGACAUCUUACUCCUGUUAUUAUUAUUACCGCUGAGAUUCUCAGGCUCGUAGCCGACUCUUCAGACUGCCUCUGCUGUCGAGCUCUGUUAGCCUUUAUUGGGCCUUAUAACAGGACAGCAUAAUGAGCUUCUAAAUACAUGUCAGGGAGGGAGAAAGAAGAAGAAGAAGAAGAAGAAGAAGAGGGGAUGAAGAAGGGGAGUCCUCCGUUGAUUAAUCAACCCCUCUCUCUUUCUCUCUCUCUCUCUGUUUGAUGAGCUCUCUCUCGUAUAUGACCAUCUCUUUAACCCUCAUUAUGUGUGCUAUGAUGGCAGCACUCGGGUCAUGGCCACCCGCUCUGAAUGUGUGUGUGUGUGUGUGUGUGUGUGUGUGUGUGUGUGAGACCACCUCCUCCACCCAUCAUAGUCCACUGUCAUCCAGAGGGGGAAUUAGAGGCCCCUAAAACUUAAUGUUCCCCUGAGCAAUCUGCAGUCAGUCAGGUCAGAGAGAAAGAGAGAGGAGGUGCAGUUGGUGUUCUGCCAUGUUAACUUUUAUAUCAGUGAGGAGGUUUGGGGGGAGGAGGAGGGGGGUGUCAUUUGAUGGCAGGGGUGGGAAUGGGGGAAACACUGUAUGUCGGAAACAUUUGAAAUCAUCCGUGCUUCCUGGAUGAAUGUGUAGUUGUUCUGUGUGUGGAUGUGGCAGACUUUCUCAAACGAGCUCCAACAUUAAUGUUGGUAUGUUUGAGUGUCGCUGCUGACCAAUGAGCUCGUCAACAUCCCCAAAGUUCGUUAUGUUCCUAGCAUGCUCAUUUGCUCAUGCUUUUUAAAUAAGCUGUUUUUGAGCUGGUAAUGUGGAUUUUUUGCUUCAUUUUUAGGCUUUGGGCUGUAACUCAACAGUUUUAUGAGCAGAUUUUUACAUUUUGUGUUUUUCUCUAAUGUAAAGGGUUUUGCACUGGCCAUGAAAUAGACAUGAAUUCAUAUUGUUACAAUUUUAUGGAAAAAAAAGACAAUCAGCACACUGAUCAGCUCUUUCUAUGUUAUUCUCUUACAUUUGACUGUCAACGGGAAAAACGAUAAGACUGAAAAAAAAAAAAAAAAAGGAAGAGUCAUAAUUAAUAUCAGACAAAAUAAACAAUAAGAUAAUCAGAAGUAAUGCUCUGUCCACAGGGAGGCCAAAAUCAGUGCAGACUAAGAAGUCCUCACAGAAGCUUUAGAUGGAGGAAACUGGAGUACAUUUAUAAUAACGGUGUAUUUUUAAGACAUAUUUUUCAAAUUAGAUGAAGGUAUUAAAACAUAACGAUUGUUCCCAUUUUGAUUAAUUAAUCUACUCUAAGUAAUCUGACUGAUCACAACAUGCCAACCUGAGGACUGCUCCAGUGUACUGACUAGUCUGUAAUCAGCCCCCACUCAUAUAAAAAGCCCUCAAGUUCACUUUUAGGAACUUUUAGUUUCAGCUACUGGUCUGUGGUGCACACUGCUGGGUUUUGUGAUUGGGUUUCUGGCUGACAUCGGUCUAAUCCGCUUCACUUAGGCUUAGAUCAGAGGUGGUAGUUUAAACUUAAACUUUAUUUAAAAAAGAAAAUGCAGAUUACUGUAUUUUUGACUUGCCAGCUGAGCUGCCUGUGGGUUUUUUAAAAGUGAUAUGUGUCAUUCAAAAGCACAGUACUGUUGCUCUUAUCAUGAAGAAGGAAGAUGCUGCCGCGGCUCAAGUAUGGAUUGCCAAAAGGGACAAAAUAGCAGACAAUUUAAAAUAAUACACCACAGUUUUGGGCUUUAAUCUCACCAUGAUUAGUUUGUAAAUUCUGACAGCCCUAGUUUGUUACUAUGACAUGUCAGAAAAUUAAAAUAACAGUAAAAAUGAUGAUGAUGAUGAUGAUGAUCAGCCAUUCUAAAAAUGAAACUGUAGUUAGAAGAGAGCUUUUGUUUUGGGUUCAGAUGUUUUAAGUAACCUUUAACUGAAGUAAAAAAAGAGCAAUUAAAUCCCCUUAAAAAUGACUAAAAAUGACACAAAUAAAUAACUGCAUACUACAAACAACAACUUAAUGCAAUAGAAUCAGAAAAAAAAGCCGCUCAUUCAGUCUGCAGUCAGAAACUAAAUGAUUUCUGAUAAUGUUUCAGAGGUCAAAUCAGACAAAACCACUUGACCUGAUCUGACAGAAUCACAAAAAGACAAAGUUAAGUAAAAGUGACUUUAAAGGUUCAGUCUACAUCUCAUUUAUCUCUGAUUUCUGUGUGUUUCCACAGUCAGGAUCGGGAAGCUGAAAAGGAGGAAACCAGAAGAGGGACAGGUGCGUGUCUGUGUGUGCGUCUGUCUGUGUGUGGGGGAUUUUUUUUUUUUUUGUAAAGAUAUCGCAUGAAAAAAGUUUCCUUGACAUUUUACUGUUACCUGACAUAAAAACACAGCCGAUCAGAUCUCAGGUUGAGGGGAUGACAACGGUCCACCCCAACCUGACACUGUUGACUGCUUCUGUUCACGUAGCAUCAGGAUCACAGUCGGCUCGCUGUGUAUCCAUGUGAACACACAGCUAUGACAACACAGGAGCAGAUCUGUAGCUGCAGGCUGUGGGAGACAUAUGGGCAGAUUCACGGAGACAGAUGUAUUAAAUAUGUGUGCGCGCUUGUGUGUGUGUUUCUCAGGAGGGUUCAGCAGAGUUGGUCCCGUUAGAGGACGACUGGAACGAGAAGAGGAGGAUACAGAUGACAUCUUUAGUUGGAGGGUUUAAAGGUAAGCUUGAUGCUGUGUGUGUGUGUGUUUGUGUGUGCGUGCUCUGGUGGUCCCUGUGUGUAUAAUCUUGUUCAGUAGAGGGUGAAUGAUGUGACUGAGUGGCAGCUGAAAAUCACUGAACUUUUCAGUCCACAUUACAGCAGAGAAUGAUGCCUGGAAGGAAAAACUUAAAAGUAACGGUUUCUUUUACCGGAGGAGGAAUCUCUGACCUGCAAUCUUGUUUCACAUUGACUGACUGACACAAGAAGAAGGGGAGAAAGACAUGCAAUAUGAUAUUUUGUGAUUUAAAGUUCACCUUAUUGUGACCUUAAAUGAGAUCAAAAGUUCUUUACCUUCUACAUGAUUCAAAAAAACUUUAUAGCAGAGUUUUUAAAACAAGGAAACUAUCAAACUUUUUCUUUAUUUGAAUGUCUCUUCAGCUGCAGUGCUGGUGAGCACAACUACCAAAGAGUGCAGAGACAGUGACGCAGACCUGGACGUAGAUGGAGACGACACUCUGGAGUACGGCAGAGCACAGUAUCCUGUUCAAUUAAGACGAUAUCAACACGAAAGGUUUAAGGGAUGAAUUUUUGAGAAAUGUAUAGAUUAAAGUUAGCAUAGCAGAGCUUUAAAAAGACAAGUAAUGAUCAGUUUUCACUUUCUGGCGUUGGCAGUGAUACUGUCAGGAAAGAGCUGGUUGAGCAAUGUGAUAAAGUUACAUAUCAAGAGAAUUUUUCAGUAUCUUCUUAUAAACUUUUAAACUGUGUAAAAGUAUGUUGUUGUUUUUUAGUAUUUAAGAAAUUAGAUAAAUUUCUGUUUGUUGUCAGGCUUGUUUUUCCUGACCUUUGACUUCAGAUACACAGAAACAGAUGUAAUUCCCUGCUCAGGAGAAAGCUCCAAAGAGACCACAGUGAAGUAAGUAUUUCCAAUUCAUGAUAUAUAUCCAGAUAUUAAAUUGAUCACAUUAAUAGCUAAUUUAUCUUUGAACCUCACCUAACUGCUGUUUUUAAUUUUCUUUCUUUUCUUUAUGCAGCAGCAGUACAUUACCAGACUCCAGGCUCCACCUAGAGUUCUCCAAAUGGUCAAAUGAUGGUGAGUUUCUGAAACUUACUCAGACAAAACUAGGAAAUAAGCAGUACUUCAUGAGUUGAUUUUGUUCACACAGGGAGUCCGUCAACCAGCAGUGGAGAAAAAGGGGACAGCAGCGCAGCGGGUCUCCCCAGAACCUGCAAAAACGCUGAAAUAGAGACGUGAGUUUGUUGAAUUUCCUGUCGCAUAUUGUCUGAAAUGUUGCUGAUCAAAAAAAUGAGUUAGUUUGUACCUGCUGACUCCCAGCAUGCACUGGGUCAAGAUGGGGGAAACUGGACUUGUCUCAAUUUUCUGAUGGUAGCAGAUUUAGCAUAGACGCACAGUCACGUGACAUUUGUCCAGAAUCAAUAUGAUGACAUCAUCAAUCACGAGCGCGGCAGACGACACACGCACGUGCACACAUUUCAUCACACUUAAUGCCUUGUCAACUUGGUGGUACAUUAUGUUUGUCCAUCGUCCUAUAGUCUAUCCAGUAAUUGUACGUGUGUUUGUGUGAAUGUCUAUCUCUGUGAGGACCCUGACACUCCACCAACCCCCCCACUCCUGUGAUAAAUGAGACAGUGGAUGCAGCCAAUGUGAUUGCUGAUAAAUUUCAUGCUCAGUGUCCAUGUUGGCCAGCGAAUAAUUUAAUCUGUCUUCGAUUUAUAAAUGACUCUCCAGUGUCUGCCUAACUCACGCACACUCCUAUCUCUGCUCUUUUUACCAACUGUGUGUGUGUGUGUGUGUGUGUGUGUGUGUGUGUGUGUGUGUGUGUGUGUGUGUGUGUGUGUGUGUGUGUGUGUGUGUGUGUGCAGGCUCUCUGAGAAUUCCACGCUGACAACCCUGGAUGCACUUAAAGCUCGGAUACGGGAUUUGGAGAAACAGUUGUCUAAAGGAGACAGAUUUAAAUGCCUCAUCUGCAUGGUGAGUGUGACGACGAAUUACACUGACAGAGCGGACACUUUGAAUAUAGACAACAACACAGUAACGCAGGGACUCUGAAAGUCUUGCAGUUUGGGCUCUAAAAGUAUUAUUGAUCAUGCUUAUUUAAUUAUCCAUUGAAAAGUGACAGAAAUUGAGAGUUUCUGUUUUAAUUUGCAUCCAUAAAAAAUUAAUGUGUUCUUCCCUCUAUUUGUUUAUGUUUGUUUUUUUUAUUGAUAAAGAUGCAAAAACAAAUUUUGACCUUGAAAUAUCGCCCUGACUCUGAUUAAUAGACUUUUUACUCUGGUUUUAUGAUGGUUAGUCAUUUCAUGGAAGAGUUGCUUUACUGACAGAAAGACUCUGUUUUAAUAAUCUUAAUUACACAGCUUUCUUAUUAAUCACCUCGAGGUAUUUAAUACUUCAAUUUGAUUGGUCAAAAGCCAAUAACAGUGGAAAUAAUUUCUGAACACUGAACAAGAGUGUUGCCAGGCACAACCGGAUUACACUCAUGUCAAAUCAAUGUGUGUAAAGGAGUACGACACAUUUCAACUCGUCUUGUUGACAGUGUGUGAAAAUGUUUGUCUCUAAAAGCGUCGUCCUUAUACUGUAUUACUUUCAGUUUAUUUAGAGGGGACAGAACUGGAGAUUGGUGAUAAAUAGCUGACUAGUCAUCAGCAGAGAAGAAAAGAAAAGAGGACAAGAAGAGGAGGAAUGGCAGAAAUGGACAGAAGAGUGCAGAAAUAGUGAGGGAUGUUAAAACACACAAGGAGCUAAAAGAGACGUAGAUCAAGGGGAAGAUAACAGAAUCAGCAAUCAUAAACUACAACAGUGUGUAGGCUGUGGGUUUAUUACAGGGCUGGUUGAAUGUUGAAUGUUGAAAUGUUGAAGACUCUAAAAAGUUACUGAGGAGGACUUUAUCCAGGUGCUGCUGUCUUUAUCUGAAUGCCAACAGAAAACACUGAUGCUUAGACUCAGAGAUCAUUGAAUAGGAAGUUUAAUGUGGUUUAUAGCAGCAAAGUGAGUUAAUAUUUAGGCUUAAACAUGACUAAAAAUAUUGGAAUAGGAAAGUAUAGAAACAAGACCAACCUUUAAAUUCAAGGGACUAAAUUUUAGCUGCAUAGGAAAAACAUUUUAAAGGAAUAAAACCGGCUCUAAAUUAACAUUUAAUAUCAUUUUGUUUGGAAAAAAGACAGAUAAUGGUUUAAAAGUGACAGAAUAUUUAUGAAAGAAGGGUUUUAGAGAGGGAAUUGAGAUGCAGCAUGUAUUUAAUUAUCUAUAGUAACUUAGAGUUUAGAGCAAUAAAUCACUUAACACACCAGCUGAGCCUUUCCUUUUGAAGAGGAAGGUGCACAAGAAAAUGUGAUGCCUCAUAAUGCUGUCUCUAUUGACUCACAUCGACAUCUAGUGGCAGUUGAUGGUACUGCUGUUGAGGAUAAUCGGUGUCUCUAUUUUUCCCCCCCAGGACACAUACACGACUCCACUGACCUCUAUCCAGUGCUGGCAUGUUCACUGUGAGGAGUGUUGGCUUCGAACGCUGGUAAGACAACACUUAUUAUUUUUAGAAAUAAGAGAAAUUACUCAAAGAAACGACUGAAACGUGUAAUCUUCGUUUCACUUGUCUCUUUUUUAUUCCAGGGAGCAAAGAAGUUGUGUCCUCAGUGCAACACCAUCACCUCACCUGGUGACCUGAGACGGGUCUUCCUGUGACACAGCCAUUUCUUCAUACAGGGGAGGGACCUCUUCUGUUUUGACCAAUCAGGGGUGGACUUGUGGGCAGCUGGCCUGUCAUAGACUCACACCUCCUCCUCCUCCUCCUCCUCCUCCUUCUCCUCCUCCGUAUGCCCUCCUGGUUCUACCUGUUCAUCAGUGCACACCUACAUCCACAUAUCUCUGACAAUUUGAAGAACAGCACGUGUAACCUUUGCCCCCCUCCCCUCACAUCUCUGUACAAUAACCAUUUCCCCAAACAUCUAACACCAACCGAGAGCUCAGGCACUAAAAACAAGAAGAAUACAUGCUUUGGAAUAAAAUAAGCAGAUUUUUCUAAUCCUUCUUUCUGUUUUGUGAGCGAACCAGCUCUGUUGAAUCUCAUUUAAAGCACAUGUAUAUAAUUUGUGUAUGUUUGGAUCGGUGUGUGUAUAUGUUGACUAGCAGAGCAAGCAGGCUGUAUGAACUGUACAGUUUGUCUUUGCGUAAAUCAUUUAUUAUUAUUAAAAUUAUUCAUUUAGUGCCUGUAGGUUUGACACAUUUACAGUAUUUCCUCUCAUUAAGGCUUCUUUUGCCAUAAUCAUUUCUGUGUUUCUUUGUAUAGAGUCAUUAAAUCUAAUUUUAUCAAUGUUACUAAAAUAAAAUGUGUGUCUAAAAAGUUGUUUUUAUUCUGCGUGUUUGAACAGUGAGAGUGGCGUGAACAAUGUGUAGAUUUACUGUGUGAAUGGAGCGACAUGCCGUGCCGCUCAGGUUGGUCCACGGCCUUUUAUAAUAACACUGUGGUGUCUUUAACCUUUAAGAAGUGGGUCGGUGCAGGAUUAGCCGGGCAGAGCCCAUCGCAGCUCAUAUGGAGUCAAGGGACGCUAAAUCCUGCUAUUCUGAGCUUUAAAGCGUGCAGAGGACAGGAGACCACUCAGGACAUGACACUACAGGGGUCAAUCACAAAAAGAGGGAAAACAUCACAUUAGAAAAUUUACGAUCUUAGUAAAAGAGGCAGGAAACAACUACAGGUGGAGUGAGACUUUGUGGGUGUUGUUUUUUUUUUGGUCUGUUUUUGAAAUACUGUGGGAUGAGUCUAAUAAAAGAACAAACUUAA